CGGCUGCUCCGGUGAGCGGCGUUGGCGCCUCCCCUCGGCCUCCUCCCGCCACGCGCGGCCGGCGGGACCCUGCGAGCUGAGGUAGCGGCGGAGGGAGCGCGGCGGAGGCGGACGGGCCGCGCCCUGCCCCGCGUUGCAUCAUCUUUGUGCAUCAAUGAAAAGUCCAGGUAUGGCUUUGUUCAAGCAACAGAAGGUGGAAGACAUUUAUGAAAUCGGGGAAGAGCUGGGAAGUGGCCAGUUUGCCAUAGUGAAGAAAUGUCGAGACAAGAGCACGGGGCUGGAGUACGCUGCUAAGUUCAUUAAGAAACGCCAGAGCCGGGCCAGCCGCCGUGGAGUGAGGCGUGAGGAAAUUGAGCGAGAGGUCUCCAUCCUGCAGCAGAUCCUGCAUGCCAACAUCAUCAAGUUGCAUGACAUCUAUGAGAACAAGACGGAUGUGGUCCUCAUCCUUGAGCUGGUUUCUGGAGGAGAACUUUUUGACUUCCUGGCACAGAAGGAAUCUUUGAGUGAAGAGGAAGCAACGAGAUUCAUCAAACAGAUUUUAGAUGGUGUGAAUUACCUUCACUCUAAGAAAAUUGCUCACUUCGAUUUAAAGCCUGAAAACAUUAUGCUUCUAGACAAGAAUAUCCCUAUUCCGCACAUCAAACUCAUUGACUUCGGCCUGGCUCACAAAAUAGAAGAUGGUGUUGAAUUUAAGAACAUUUUUGGAACUCCAGAAUUUGUGGCUCCAGAAAUAGUGAACUAUGAACCACUGGGACUGGCUGCAGAUAUGUGGAGCAUAGGAGUCAUCACCUACAUACUCCUCAGUGGUGCUUCGCCUUUCCUUGGAGAAACUAAACAAGAAACACUUGCCAACAUCACAGCUGUGAAUUAUGAAUUUGAUGAAGAAUUUUUCAGCAACACCAGCGACUUGGCAAAAGAUUUUAUUCAGAAACUCCUGGUGAAAGAUACACGGAAACGACUUACAAUUCAGGAAGCUCUGUCUCAUCCGUGGAUAACGCUGAAAGAAGAAACAAAAGUCCAAGAAAAUAAGAAGGUUGAGAACACGCAGCUGAAGACAAAACGCCUGAGGGAGUACACCAUAAAGUGCCAUUCGAGUAUGCCUCCCAAUAACACCUACAUCAACUUCGAGCGCUUUGCCCGGGUAGUAGAAGACAUUUCACUUACAGAACGGGGGUUCAGCACUUUGGCUGCAUCCCAUGAUUCCUUACAGGAGGACAUUGAUGCUCUGGUUUCCAUUUAUAGUGAGAAAGAAGCUUGGUAUAAAGAGGAGAAUGAAAGCGUGAGGCACAAGCUGUCUCAGCUGAAGUAUGAAUACCGUAAAAUUGAAUCCCUGAAAAGGCACCUACAAGAUGAUAUCAAGACUGUAGGCACUAGUCUUACAGGCAUAACCGGGAAGUACACUGAUCUGCAGAGUCAGUAUGAAUCUCUCAGUCAAGAACUUUCUGAGGAGCUCAAGUGGAUACAGGAUUUAAUGAGUAAUUUUCAACUGGAAAAUGAAGCCUGUGUGAAUGGAAACUUUGACUCUGUUUUCAACAAAGAUAUCAAUGAAUCUCUAAGGGAGCUGUUAAAUAGAUCUCGCUGUGAGGAAUUUCUUGCAGGCUUGAAUCUUGAGGUAGCAGCAUCACAUCAGUGAUACUGUAGAUCAGUCUAGGUGCAGAGUUUGCUGCCUCUUUCAAAGUACAGCAGCUUAAAAAGUUUUCAGUGCAUAGAUUUUACACAAAAAACCAUGACCUAGAUCUGAAACAGAAAAUCUCAUGUAUUGCACGAGGUGCUGACCAAAAGCUUGCAGUGUUCUGUAGUACUGAAGUAUUUUUCCUAUGUUCAGUGUCUGAACUUAUGGGAACUAUAUCAUCACAGUGUUAUGGACACAUCUAACCCUACAGCCUCUUGCAUUGCCUGCAUUAUACUUCAUCAUGUAUGACAGUUCUUGAAGAUUAUUGAGUAAUUAACAUGAAAUAAAGAGUAGGUCGGUCGAUACUUACUAGAAGCUGGAUGCAUGGAAACUGAUAAAAAUCUCCUGUAGCUUCCUUGUUUGUACGAAGGAAUGGUCCUGCAGACCUGCUGCGGGCAAUUCUACAAACCAUAUGAGAGAAAUAUUUGCAAAGGUUAAAUCUGUCCCGUACACCAGAGUCAGCAGUGUAGUAACUGAACAUUUAGCUAGCGCUGUGGAAAUGCUCUGUGAAAUGGCUGCUGAUGAAGAAAAGUUAAGUUGUUUUUUUUAGGCCAGUUAUGCAGGGUGAAACCUUUUUAUCAUCAAAGAUGUUGUUGAUUAAUCCUUUAGUUUAAAAUCCAGCUGACUUUCCUGUUCUGUACCAAAGAAAUCCUAUUCAUGUGACGCAACCGGGGACUUGCGAUGAACUGAUCAAAUAACUGUGUGUGUAAUUUCACAGUGCAAAUCUUAAGUUGAGAGUGAUAAGUGAUAACACAAGUACUGGUUUGCUUUCUACAGUAAAGGUGAUGACAAAGGUACAACUGAUGUCAUCUGUGGUGUGGGAUUUAAGGCCAGUGUUCUUGCUAUGAAAAUACCUUUUUUUUUCCUUAAGGUUUAGAAAGUAAAAAACCCAAAUUGUCCCAAACUUGAGUCAUGCCCGAUUGCCUUGUGUUUCAAAGAAGUCCUUUGAUUAUACUGUAUUGAUACGCACAGAUGUAUCCAUCUCAGUUUUGGACACAAUAAAUAGUCACUUAUGCAGGAUGUACUUGUUCCCUGAUGGUGUAGCUAGUGACUGAAGAAGAGGUGUCAAGUUUCUGUGUACUGAAAAGAGUUACCAGCUUUGUUUCUGUGGCUAGUUUACAGCUAGCCCCUGUGCUUAGCUGUAUGAGUUCACUGCAAGGUAACAAGGUUUAUGCAGCUAGAAGAACUGGUGAGAUCGUAGCCAGGCAUCACUGCUCAAGUCCAUCUAGAGUGGAUCUUUAUAUGCAUAUUAGAAUAUCUUUCACUGCCCAUCCUCAUUCCUCCUUUUCUAGAGAACCUAAUAAAUUAAAUGGAACUGUUGUUGUUCAGAAUAUUACUAAGAAUAAUGUUUAUUACUUUGAUAAAAGUAUACUCUCAUCCAGUUGGUUUAGAGCAUAGUGGUCCACUCACUGCCAUGUCCUCAUAAAGAUGUGCAGAGGCUGGUGAAAAUGCAGAGCUCUGAAAACACUUAAUUAUAGGGGUAUUGUAACUCCUGUCAUUGUACUCAGUGGAGGAUGGAAACUGGAUGUGCUCUCUGUGGCAUCUUUCUUUGCACAAGAUGAAAAUUUUCCUAAAGCUUCCAAGUGGUGCAGAUAGUCAGGAAAUGUCCCUAGCAAGGUGGUGGUGGUGAUGGUUGGUGGGAAGUGGGGUCCACUGUGACAAAUAGUACUGGGAAUUUUACGUAUGCCCAUUUUUUAUUCUUUCAGAACACUUCAGUCAUCACUACUAUAGUGUUCCUUUGAGCUGGAAGGCCCACAGGAUACUGUGCAGGAGAACUGGAACACAGGACUCCUUAUCCCUGUUUUAUAAGGGAGAGAGUUCUAAUUCUUAAAAGUAACUUAAAACUUAGUGAGAGUUCAUAUCUGCAGCAGAGAUCCUCAGGAAAGAAAGUCUGCCUUCCCUCAACUAUGAUCUCAUAUUCUCUGUUCGUCUUGAUAUUCUUUAUGAACAAAUGUGUUGGCACAAUGAGAAGGAACAUUAAAUGAGGCCACUCUGUUCCUGAGCAUGUUUAGGUGAGGUUAUUGUUGUGACUCAGUCCUUGAGGCUAAUGCUCUGUGAGCUGAAGGAGGUCACUGACAUCCUGCUUUUGAGAAGAUAUUCUGAUGAUGGGGAAAACAACAGGGUCACUGGUUUGCAGGCCACUUAGAAAUUGAGAGGCUGUUAUUAAGAGUCUGCAGUAGCUCACUGUAAAGUGGGCUACUUUUGAUGCAGCGAUUUUGCUGCUGAAAGGGCACUCAGAAAUUGUUCAUUGUGAUUGUACAGCUGACAUUUAGCAAAUGACAUUUUUUCCACUUCAAAUUGAUUUCUGCUCGGUGUUUUGUUGCACCAUGCUAGCCAUUUGCAGCAUGAGGAAAUUACAUUUAAUGCUUGAAUGUCCCAGUUCUGUUGUGUGCAAGCGGUGUAUACCUCUACAUCAGAAGGAGGCAUAAUGGAUAGCGUGGCUCCUGGAAUUUCUGCAGGGAUGUCUGCACAAAUGCUGUACCUGGAAAGUGAAUGUGUUGUCUCAUGAACAUUAUCAAUUAUUUUGCUGAAAAAAAUGUUUAAAUCCUUACUGCUGUGAUUUCCCUUCUCCUUUGGUGCUCUUGCUUCUGCAGGUGUCUGGCUUGAUUGCAUUCCAGUCCAGUUCAGUAUAAAUAUUUCUGGUUUAUCCACCGCCUACAUAUGCAGAUCAGAACUGCGGGAAUGGUUGCCACUCCAUAAGCUCCAUGGUCUUUGAAGGGUUGAUUUCUGGCCUUUCUCUUUUGCCUUUUACCAGGUCUGGUUUUGAACUUUUUUCCCCUCAAUCUGUCACAUACAGUUUUCUGGUCUAUGCAAAUUUUGAUGUGGUUUUGGAGGUGAAAGGUGCUCUGUUUUCAGAAGGGCUGUGUCAGGGUUUGCAGAACACCUGUUCCUUUACACCAGAUGGGCAUCCAAACAUUUUAGGCACAUGUCUGAAUUCUGAUAUGUGUUUUUUUCUUGCCUGUUUUCCAUACUCAGGUGUUGCAGUUCUUUCCUCAUGUGUUUAUUGCCAGGGUACCAAUGUCUUGUGCUGUCAUACUCUGGGUAUGGUUAAAAGACAAAGCCUACAUCUUUUCAGUGGUGUGGAUCCUCAUCACUAGUAUGAAAUGACAGCUUUUUCCCUUUUCAUUACGGUGAUGUCAGCAAAACAUUGGAGUCAGUUAGAUGAAAUGCUGUGAAAAUGAUUAAGGGAUGGGACUGUUUGUCAAAAGGGAGAGACUGAGAGAGCUGGGAUUGUUCAGUGUCAAAAGGAGAAGGCUUGGGCAGAUCUUCUCAAUCUGUAUAAAUAUGUGGUGGAAUGGAGUAAAGAAAGCAGAGCCAAGCUCUUCUCAUGGCGUCCCGUGACAGAACAAGAGGCAAUGGGCACCAGCAGGAAGAAAUAACAUUUAAAUAUUACAAAGAGCAAACAAACUUGUUACUAAAGGAGCAGUCAAACACUGGAACAUGUUCUUAGAGGUGUUACGGAGUCUCUGUCCUUCAACAUCCGAGUGAGCUGUGGUGCUGGGCACGCUGCAGUAGCUGACCCUGCCUGAGCAAGGGAGCUGGGCUUGAAGAUCUCCAGAGGCCCCUUCCAAACUUAACUGUCCUGUGAUUCCUGGCAAGUCCAGUGUUGACAAAAGCUGGUCAUGGGUUGCUGUUCUUGGGUCACCUUCUAAUUUUGCUUGGGAUCUCUAAGUGCAGAUUCCUUGCAGUGGCAGGUUACCUGGGCUUCUGAUAAGCAGACAAGGUUUCAUCGACCAGCUUUGAGAGAGACAAGAAAAAGGCUACUCUGUGGUACCAUGUUAAUACUUGGGUUAUAAAGUACAGCUAGCACCCUCUGGAGUUAUUCCCUAUUUCACAUUCACAUGUUCUUUAGAGCUGAAGUGACUGCCUCAAACUUACCUAUGUACUUUUGAAAUGUCUAUAGCACAGUUUUUUUAUUCUUUCCUUCUAUGAUGUUUACCCCAGCCUGGUAAAAGAAAACCUGUCAAAGCACAACUCAGAAAAGAUGUGCUAGAAGAGCCAAAUCCUGGAAGUGAGGAAAGGGCCCUCAUUGAUCUUUGGUUUAAAAAUAUCCUUGUAAAGGGCAAAAUGUGAAAACUUUUAUCUGAAAAUGUAGAAAGUAGCAUAGGAC